AUUACUGACCAAAUUAGCGUCGAGAAAUCAUUUUCAUUGACUGAAAUAUACUUUUGCAUAUCUGCGGCCUCAUCUGUUGUCUAUAAACAUUUUGACAUUGACAUAAAAACAGGCUGCUUUGUUAUUGUUGCAACUUGCAAGUGAUUCAAAUUCAAAAUAAAAAUCAACAGUGCAGUGUCUAUUUUAAUAAGAAUUAUAUUAUAAAACAAAGAAUUGUCUUUACGUCAGUCCCUAAGUGCUGAGCAUUAUAAAAUAAGGUAAACAGCAUGGCUGAAGUAAAGGUUGAAUCUGAAGAGGAAGAAUUUUUAGUUUACGCAGAAUUUGAAGACACCGUAAACAUUGAAAAAUAUCGAACUGUUCAUGUACUGGGUGUUGAUGGAAAGAAUCCUAUCAUGCAAAUGGAUGACACGUUUUUCACAGGUAAAUAUGACAACGCACUAGGAACGUAUAUGUUUUUCGAAGAAGAUCCAGACCCUAAAUCCGAAGACCCUUUAUUUGAUAAAUUACCUGAGAAAAACCUGAAAUAUGUUUGUAAGACAGGAAAAUUAUUGACCAUGGAACAUGCUUACGUUACUCCAAAGGAAGGUCAUGAUCUCCAAAACAUGAAACUAGAAGUGGAAGAUAAUAUAGAACCAAUAAAUUUCAAAACUUUACAAGAAGCUAUUGACAAGUUUAAGAACCAUUUCGAAGAAGAAUCAAUAACAGAAGUCAUAGAUUAAUUUGAGUAAGCAAGAUGACGAACACUAGCAGGCAGCCAGAAAAGAAACGUACAAAAAACUUGGAAAAAAUAUUUCAAGAGAUAAAUAAAAGACAUGUACGGAUUAAAAGAAAAGAGAGGAAAAAUAAUAACUCUAUACUUUAUAAAGUGCUGCAAGAACUUUUGAAGAUAAUGCGUAAAUGCGACAGCCUGUUUGACAGUAUGAAACCAAGAUUAGAAUAUUUGGGCAGCUACUUUGACGGGUUACGCGUGGGACAACCAACAGAGUACGACAUAAAUGUUAUUUUGACCAUACACAUCAAUUAUAAUAAAAUCGAAUUAGAUGCUUGUGAUAUUGAGAAUGGCUAUACAAGUAUAAUAAUGCCAGCAGAAUUCCGCAGACUGUCCAAAACUCCCGCGACUGCCGAAAAAGGUUUCAAGGAAACUGAAUUUUGGUGUGACCGAUCCCACCGUCUUUUAGUCACAAACUUUCGUUCAUGGAUGCAAAGUGUGGUAGAUACAGCCCUCAAUAAACUACCCUUAGUAGACGGUAAACGUAUGCUAAGAGUAGAAGACAAGUUCUUUAAAAUUGCCUACAAGAUGUCUGGACCUGCUAAUACUAUAACAAUAUGUAUGCAAAAUGAUUAUGUAAUUGAUGUCGAUUUGGUUCCAACAUUAUCGUUUGAACUACCUAAACAACCUGCUCAUUCAAUGAUAGAUUUUAGUAAAGUAAAACAGACCAAAAUUUCGCGCUAUUUUGCAGUACCAAAACCAAGUAACAAUGAUCUAAGUUGGAGAUUAGCUUUUCCAUAUCAAGAAAGAUAUUACACGGAUAAUACAAAUAACUUAAAAAGUGCAUUAAAACUUUUAAAACUGUUUCGUGAUAUUCAAGGGUUUAAUAAAUUAGCUAGUUAUUUUAUUAAAACUUUAUUUUUGUGGGAAAUCAUAGAAAAUGAUCGGGACUUUUGGAAAAAGAAUUCAUUGGCCUUCUUAGUACUCCAUAUGUUAAAAAAGCUGCGAGAUAGUUUAGCAGUUGCGACUAUCAACAAUUUUUGGUGCCCUAAUCACAAUCUUCUUGUAAAAAUAAAACGUGAAACAUGUGAAAAUUGGAGUAAUCGCAUAUCUAAUAUAGUAAAAGAUAUAGAACGAAAUAAAUUAAAAAAUCCGCAUGUUGUGUUAAAAUAUUUCACAAAAACGACGGUAAAGUGUAUGGACAAAAUAUAAAUUUAUGUCUAUGCAUAGCCCAUGUAACAUAGGUUUGACAAAAAAUCAAUCAUGUAAAUACACAAUUAUAAUUUUAAGUUUUAGUGUAAAAGUAAAUAUAAUUUAUUACAUAAUCGAU